AUGAGAACGAACAAUUUUUUGAUGCUAAAGAGUAUUCGGAAGAGGAUAUUUUAGAAAAUAAUAAUAUUUUGAUUCAACAAUCUGUCAAUAAUAAUAAUUUUAAUGUUCCUAUGAAUCAUGAGAAAAAUUCAUAUCAUAGGACAAAUAAAAUGGAACUAUUAAAUCCUAAAACUCAAACAAUAACUGAUAGUCAAUUAUUAACCGUUGUAGGUUCAACCGAGGCCACAAAUAAUUUAAUAUUAAUUAGUAAUAUCCGAGAUGUAACCGAUUCAAAAUUUCAAGAGUUUGUAUUAAAUGAAUCUGAUCACCGCAUGUCGAUUACCUAUGACGUAUUUGGAAUUAUCACAGAAAUUUCUAGAUCUUGUAAAUCAAUUCUUGGUUAUGACCCGGAUGAAUUGCUUGGUAUUGAUGGUUAUAAUUUUAUUCAUCCUGAUGAUUCUACUAAAGUUCGAGCGUUUCAUGCUAAACGUGCUGUAGAAAAUUAUGGUACCACUCUACAAAGACAAUCUUUUCGUCAUCUAAAAAAAGAUGGUAGUUAUUGUUUAUUGGAGAUAUGGUCUCAAGGUAUUCAACCGGAUGGUUCUUGGUCAUUUGUAAGUUUUAAUAUAACGGAUGCUUCUGAGAAUCUAAUUGAUAAACGUAAUAUGUGUGACCAAACUUUUAUCCGUAAAUUAUUACCAAAAAAUGUUGAAGGAGAGACUAAUAAUAAUGCUUCAAAGAAUUUUGAUUCCUACAUUUUUCAUUAUAUGUAUCCUUCCAUUAAACUUCGUAAUCCAUUAAACGGGAUAAUUGGUUUUACGUCUCUUAUAUUAGAUACCGAACUUUCCGAGCAGCAGCGUGAUUUUGCUGAAGCAAUUUCAUCCAUAAGUAGUUAUAUGUGCAAUAUUAUUAAUCAAUCACUUGAUUUAUGUCAAACUCAAUCUAAUCGUACGACAUCUUCGGAUAUUGGACCUUUAAGAUUACGUGAGAUAGUUGAGUUUGGUUUUUUAACUGUCACUGUACUGGCUAGAACUAAAGGUACUGAACUUAAAUUACAAGAUCAUUUGACUCCUUUACAAAUGUCUGGUCAAAAGUAUCAAUCGAUUAAUGGCACCACGUCUCAAGUAAAAAAUGAAAAGAAAUGGUACGGAGAUGAAGAUAUUGUAAGAAAAAUCUUAUUGAAUUAUUUAACGAACGCUAUUAAACAUACUGGUUCUGGAGUAGUAACAGUACGCCUUGAGGUGGAUUCUGAUAAGUUACAAGAUGGCAAGGAAGGUUUUAUGGCCAAGUGUUCAGUUGAAGAUACUGGACCUGGUAUACCACAAAAAGACCUUAAACGUCUUUUCUUGCCUUAUUCCAAACUAGUUUCAUCAUUUGGUGAAUUGAAAACCCUCAAGGAGGGAAAUAAUGGUACAAAAUCACCAAACCAUCAACAAUCACAUAGGAGUUCUGGUUUAGGGUUAAGUAUUUGUAAAGAAUUAGCUGAUAAAAUGGGCGGAAAAGUUGGUGUAGAAAGUGUAAUGGGUAAAGGCAGCACUUUUUGGUUUACGUUUCCUGUGUAUACUAGUAAGCCCGAAAAUAUGGAAGAUGAAUCUGAUUCUUCAAGCAGCGUGAGAGAAGUUCGAGAUAAUGGAAAGUCUAUAAAAAAUGUAUUCUUGACAAAAUCAUAUUCAAAUAGUGUUUUUGAAAAUGGUCGUGACGGUGUUACAACAUCAUCUUCGACUUCAGCACCAUCAUCUCAUUCAAAUUCGAAUCACACUGAAACUAAUUCAAAAGGCGAUUUAAAUUCUGAAAACCAUCGAAAGCAUCGAAAGCAUAGGAAACCUGCGAAGGUUCUUAUGGUCGAAGAUAAUGAAACUAAUCAGCGAAUCGCUUUACAUUAUUUGGAAAAAAUGGGUCAAAAAGUUACAUUAGCUGCAAAUGGUAUAGAGGCAUUAGAAAAGAUGAAGAAUGAGACUUUUGACAUUCUUUUUGUUGAUUUACAAAUGCCUUAUAUGGAUGGAUAUACUUUAACUCGUCGAAUAAGGGAAGCUGAACGUGAGGCUGAACGUGAGGCUGAACAAGAAGCAUGUCGGUGUGAUAAGCAAGAUUGUGAAUCAUUAUUAUUCAGUGUAUCAGAAUCCUCCACACCACCACCUACUCCACCGGGAUCAUCAUCAGCAUUAACAAAUGGUCAUCAAUCAGUUAUUCCAUUAGUUUCAUUAAUACAAUCUUCACAAUCUAUAUCUCCAUUACAUAUAAACACCCAACCGCCAAUAAUAUCCAGUACAUCAUCAUCUUUAUCAUCAUUAUCAUCAUCUAAUUAUUCCUAUUCAUCAUCAUCUUCGUCUUCAGAGUCCUCCUCUUCAUCCUAUUCGCAAUCACUAUUGCCAUCUCCAACAACUACCUCUGGUUCAACUAAAAAUAAUGUAACAAUAAAAAAUUCUCAUCAGUCCGUUCCAUCGUCUCCUCCAAUAUCUCCUCCAUCAUCAUCCCAUAAACGCCUUAAACAUGUACCUAUUGUAGCAUGUACUGCCAAUGUUUUAGAUGAAGAAAAAGGUAGGUGUAAACAACAUGGAAUGGAUGGUUUUUUAAGCAAACCAUAUAAAAUGGAACAGAUGAAACAAUGCAUAGAAGAACUAGUGGAAAGUGAUGAUGAAUCAUUGCCGGGUAAAGAUGAAAAGAAUAACGUUGAAAAUCGGGAUUAUAAUUUACCAAUUAAUCAAACCAAUCAAAUCAAUCAAUAUGAAAAAAACUUGUCAAUAGCUCCUAUAUAGAAUUUAUCUACGUUGACAUAUGUCUCCCAGCAUAGUUUAAAAUGACAUUGAUUAUUAUUGACUUAAUUCAUUGUUACAUAUUAAUUCUAUUUGGAAUAUAUAUUACAUACAGAUCGAGCGUAGAAAAAAAAAAUUAUAUAUCAUUCUAACCUGUUGAUCAGCUUAAUCAUUUAAAUUGUAUUUUUAUAACCUAUUAACUUUAUAUUUAGUUUUCUUAAAUAUUUUCCUUCUCCCACUUUACUUUCUUCUCAGCCACAUCCUUUUUUAAUUCCCUCUUCUUGUGUAUAUUUUUUGUUCAUUUCCCCCUUAUACUAAUAAUAUAAACCUGAUAUGUAGUUAUAUCAGAGCAAAAAUUCAUUAUUUUUUUUUAAAAAAAAAAAGAGGUUAUAUUUGUAUUUAAAGGGUCAUCGCAGGUUCGUUCUAUUAAAUACAUUUUGUUAGAGUUACCAUUUUUUCCCCUUGCAUUUCAA